AUGGAAUUUCCACACCUCGGAAAAAACUGUUGUUAUAAAUUCUGCAAUAAACUUGACUUCCUGCCUAUGAAAUGUGAUGCCUGCAAAGAAGUUUAUUGUUCUGAUCACUUUGCCUACACAAAACAUGAGUGUCCUGCACCAAAUUCUCGGGACGUCCAGGUACCACAAUGUCCCCUCUGCGGAGCUCCUGUCCCAGGAAAGCGAGGGGAGCCACCAGAUGUUGCUGUGGGGGCUCAUAUAGACAAUCAAUGCACUUCAGACCCAGCCAGAGAAAGACGUAAUAAGGUGUUUACAAAUAGAUGUUCAUACAAAGGAUGCAAAGCGAAAGAAAUGGUGCCACUUGUUUGCAGUGAUUGCUGCCUUAAUUACUGUUUAAGACAUAGGCAUGCAGCUGACCAUGCUUGUGAAGGAAAAUUGGCUGCAAAGAGAAGAAGAGCUGCAGAAGCGGCAAUGGCGAGAAUGAAGGCAAAUGAAAACAAAAUUACAAAUGUGAGGCAAGUUCCUUCUGGUCUUACAACCGCAGAUAUACAGGGAAAUAUGACUGAAGAUGAGGCUUUAGCGCAUGCGUUGGCAUUGUCUCUUCAAGAUGGCAUUCAGCAGAAUAGAAAUGUGGGACAAAUUCGUACUCGAGUAGGUGGUGAACCAAACUCAAGAUGUACUGUUUCUUAG